AUGUUACGACUUAUAUUGGCGACGAUCAUCGUCGCCGCAGCUCAAGCCGGAUGUCCAAUGCGACCAUCACCUGAUCAAUCUUCUUCACAACGACUUCCGGGUGACGGUGGAUAUCGUAUUUUAUUCAGUGGGGAUUUUGAGAAAUAUAUUCCAAAUGCCCUCUACACAAUUAGUUUAAGAGGUUCUCGAAAUCACGAGAGGCUUCAACAAUUUACACGUUUCACGCUCUCUAUUGAUUCUCAACAUUCGCCAAAUAACCCUGCUGCUCGAAUUGGGUAUUUCCAGUUAUUCUCUGACUUGCUUGCUCAGUUUAAUGAAGAUUGUAUCAAUACAAUAUCAGAGGGAACUGACAACUCCAAAACAGAGGUUCAAGUAAUGUGGAAGGCGCCUGCAUCAGGUUCUGGAUGCAUCGUGUUCACAGCCAUGGUUCUAGAAGAUCCUACUCAUUGGUACGCUGAAGAUGGAACGCUGAUGAAAACAUUUUGCGAAAUGACUCCAGAUGAAAUCGAAAACUUAGACGAAAAUAAAUGCUGUGCUUGUGAUGAAGCUAAGUACUCGUUGAUUAUGGAAGGUAUCUGGUCAAACAAAACUCACCCCAAGGAUUUCCCAUUUUCAGUUUGGUUAACCCAUUUCAGUGAUCUGGUGGGAGCUUCCCAUGAAACCAAUUUUUCAUUUUGGGGACGAGAGCAUACCUCAACUGAUGGUUUUCGACAACUUGCAGAAUGGGGUUCAGCAUCAGGUCUCGAAGCAGAAUUAAAAUCUCAGGCUCGUCACCUCAGAACCUACAUUAAGGCUGCAGGACUCUGGUACCCCAAUGUAAAUACAAAUACCAGUGCUAAUUUCAGAGUUGAUAAAAAACAUCCUCUUCUGUCAGUUGCCUCCAUGCUGGGACCAUCUCCUGAUUGGGUAGUAGGUGUUAGUAAGCUGAAUCUUUGCCAAAAAGAUUGUUCCUGGGCCAAAAGCAUGAUUAUCGAUUUAUAUCCUUGGGAUGCUGGAACUGACAAUGGUAUCAGUUACAUGUCCCCUAAUUCUGAAACUAAGCCACGAGAAAAGAUGAAGCCAAUUACCACAUCUUAUCCUGAAGAUCCUAGAUCUCCAUUUUAUGAUCCUAGUGGUAAACCGAUGUUGCCACUAGCUAGGCUUUACUUAAAUAGGGAGCAAGUUGUUCCAAAGAGUUGUGAUGCGCAGGAUAUUCAACAACAAAUUGCAGAAUUUGAAGUUGCUGAGAAUACUGAGGAUACCACAAGACCUGAGUGUCUUACAACAGAAUAUUCUCCCUGGACCACUUGUUCAGUAACUUGUGGCAAAGGUAUCAGGAUGAGAACCCGCGAUUACAGAAUGCCAGAAAAGGCAGCAAUGAUGGGCUGCAAUAGACAACUAGUUUCGAAAGAAAUGUGUCUCGCCCCCCUUGGAGAUUGUCCAGACGAUGCAGAAAAUGAGGACAAGCCUUUCUCCAUUAAUGAAUCUGAAUGUGAAACUACAAACUGGAGUGAUUGGUCCGAAUGUUCAUCAUCUUGCGGACCUGGUUUGACGAUGAGAACCCGGAGACUCAUUAAUCGUAAUAAUAGGAAAAAGUGCAAUCACGUUCCACUGAUAGAAAAGACAAAAUGCAUGAAAUCAAGCUGUGCACCUGGAACUGAAGAAAUCCUCGAUCCCCAAUGCCCUGUUUCAGAAUGGUCAACUUGGUCUCCUUGCAGUGUGACCUGUGGAAAAGGGAUAAAAAUGAAGAUGAGGUUAUUAUUAACUGCUGAUCCAUCGUUGAAAGAACAAUGUUCUUCAAAAGUAGAGCUUUUGCAACAAACUUCCUGUUUGGAACAAGCUGAUUGUACGUUCGACAUGGCAACUGCCAAAGUCGUCUGUAUGGAAGAUGUAGAAGUUGGUCCCUGCAGAGGAACUUUCCAACGCUGGGCUUUUGAUACUCGUAAGCGGAUGUGCAUUCCUUUCACGUAUGGAGGAUGCAGAGGAAAUAGGAAUAAUUUCCUGACUGCUGAUGAUUGCAAUCAAACUUGUGAUAUUGUAAGGGCCACACUUACUGGACAACCGCAGUCGCAGAAUCAAUAUGGUCAGUUUCAAAGUCAAUUCAUUCCAAGACUUUCAGUGCCACAAAAUCCUAUACCUGUGGAUUGCAUGGUUUCACCUUGGUCUCCUUGGUCGCUUUGUAGCGUUUCCUGUGGUCCUGGCGUUGUCACAAGUUUCCGAAUGAUUAAGCGUCAACCUGAAAACGGUGGGGAGCCUUGUCCGAAAAAAUUACAGAGAAGAGCUCGUUGCAAUCUUCUUCCUUGCGAUGAAUAACAACAAUAAUAUUAUUCAUCAAUAAAAAAUACAAGUCGUGAACCAAUAGAGGCUAAGCAAAGAACUAGUAUCUAAGCUGAAAAAUGCAUGUUUUCUACUCUUUUUUUAAGUUUUCAGAAAAUAAAGAAAAUCCAUAUUAUA